AGUAUUAUUUAUUUUAUUAUCGAAAAAAUUCAUACGAAGACAUGGCUGGAAUUUUCAUUGAAUAUUGGUCAUAAAUGUAAUUAUUGUAAAUCAAACUUUAGAGGAGAUUUUUGUUAUUCAAUUUGGGUAUAUUGUAUUGACAAUGUAUAUGUACAGUACAUACAUAAACUAAUGACUGACGUAUAUAACCUUAAAGUUAGACGCUAACCGGUGUUGGAAAACGUAUUUUGUAAAUACAGUAUUUUGUUUAAAUAAAAUCAAUAAUUAGAAAAAAUCAGACACAAUGGAUAUUCGCCCGAAUAAUACGAUUUAUAUCAACAAUUUAAAUGAAAAAAUAAAGAAAGAAGAGUUAAAAAAAUCUUUAUACGCGAUAUUUUCACAGUUUGGGCAUAUAUUAGAUAUUGUUGCGUUGAAAACUUUAAAAAUGCGGGGUCAAGCUUUUGUAAUAUUUAAAGAAAUUCAGAGUGCAACGAAUGCUUUGAGGUCGAUGCAAGGUUUUCCAUUUUAUGAUAAGCCUAUGAAAAUACAAUACUCCAAAACAGAGAGUGACUUAAUUGCCAAAAUGAAGGGAACUUAUUCAGAGAGACCAAAGAAGCCUAAACGCGUAACAGUCCCAGCGGAAGAAGAAGCGAAACGCGCUAAGAAGAAAGCUAAAGACCAAUCCAAACAGCAAGUUGGUUAUCACUCUGGUGUACCGACCCACCUAGGCAUGAUGAACACUGCGGUACCAGAGCAACCACCUAAUCAAAUUCUCUUCUUAACUAAUUUACCGGAUGAAACAUCAGAAAUGAUGUUGUCUAUGUUAUUUAAUCAAUUUCCUGGCUUUAAAGAAGUCCGACUUGUACCUAACAGACAUGAUAUUGCGUUCGUUGAAUUUGAAAAUGAAGUUCAGUCCGGAGCGGCUAAAGAUGCGCUGCAAGGUUUUAAAAUUACACCGUCACACGCUAUGAAAAUAUCGUUUGCUAAAAAAUAAACUUCUUUUGUAUGAUUUUUACCCAAUUUAAAAAAAAAAUAUUAAUCAAUAAAAUAUAUUUAACAAUUUAUACA